UCGGUUGCACGUGUAUAUCUGCCCCCUCCUAUGACUUAGAAGAUAGAUCCAAAGUCAACUCUUGUAUUCAAUCGACCUACUCCAAAUAGAAGGUCCUUCUUUUUAAGAACAUCAAACUCAAUCAUCAAAAAACAGACAAUGGAAAUAUCGAUUCAACUACUUGACACAAUCUUGUUCUUCUACUUUCUUGUAAUCGCAUUCGCGGUCCCAUUUCUUGAUGCUCAAACCAUUCUUCCUUCCAAUAUCUUCCCGGACAUCCUUGUACAGUUUAAAACCUGGUUUACCUACGAAUUUGGGAAUUACUUGUUAGCUGAAAGACCUCAUUUUUUCAUUGGCAUUGCUUGGCUCGAGCUUCUCUUAGCAUGGCCUCUAUCGAUCGCUUCGAUAUAUGGUAUUGCUGCUGCUAAAUCUUGGCUGCCCAUCACAUGUCUCUUGUAUGGCGUCUACUUUUUCACUGCUUUGGUUGCAAUAUUAUUUGAACUUGUGGGAUCUGGAAAAGCAUCACAAAAGCUUUUGCUCUUUUACUUCACCUUCUUAGGCUUUGCCAUUUUAUCCAUCUUACGAGGCUUUUUGCCACUUUCUUCUAAGUUGAAGGUAGUAAGUGAACGACCUAGACGACUUGUCACUAAAAAGAGAGCUUGAAUGGUUUUUUAAAAAUCGCACAGCCCGAGCCCAUCUUCAGUAUUGGAAAUAACAUGUCAUAUGUGGUAGCGAAUUAUAAUGUGUAUCAAUCAUUACAAACUAUUGAAGUAAUUCGAUUUAUAACAAAAGUUUUAUGUAUUUGGGGUAUGUUUGGCAAAACUAGCUGGUAGCUGGUAGCUAUAAGCUGAUAGCCGGUAGCUGUAACUGAAAGCUGGUAGCUAAAGAUUUUUGGAUAUUUUUAAACGUUUGGUGGAGUAGCUGAA